AUGAGCGCAAACAACGCCGAGGCUCUCUCUGAGUCUCCUAUUCCCGGCCACACGGGCAAGCAAUCCGUGGACCCCUAUAACGUACAGGGAGAAAUCGACGAGCAUGGCAAUGUCAAAGCGAUCGACUACAACAAGUUGACCGAGGAAUUUGGCACCAAGCUCAUCGACCAGGCGCUGCUCGACCGGUUCGAACGGGCAACGGGCCAGAAACCACAUCGCUUCAUGCGCCGAGGCAUUGUCUUCAGCCACCGAGACCUCGAGGUCAUCCUCGACCGCUACGAGAAGGGGGAGCCCUUCUUCCUGUACACUGGCCGCGGGCCGAGUUCCGACAGCAUGCACAUCGGCCACACGAUCCCCUUUACCUUCACGAAGUGGCUGUCCGACGUGUUCGAUGUGCCGUUGGUCAUCAUGUUGACGGACGACGAGAAGUUCCUGUUCAGCGAGAAGAGGACAAUCAAGGAGGUGAAGGAGUACUCCAUGCAGAAUACAAAGGACAUCAUUGCGUGCGGGUUCGACCCCAAGAAGACAUUCAUCUUCUCCGACUACAAAUACAUGGGCGGCGCCUUCUGGGAGAAUGUCACACAGGUGGCCAAGCUUAUCACCUGGAACCAAAGCAAGGCCAUAUUCGGUGGCGACGGCAGCACGAAUAUCGGCAGGGCUUUCUUUGGCGCCAUCCAGGGCUCGACGGCGUUCGCCUCCACGUUCCCUCACAUCUUCGGCGACGACGCAGAACUCACCAACAAGAUCCCCUGCCUCAUCCCGUGUGCUAUCGACCAGGACCCGUAUUUCCGCAUGACAAGGGAUGUCGCAGCUCGCCUUCACUGGGCCAAGCCCUGCAUGAUUCACUCGCGGUUCCUCGACGCCUUGCAGGGCCCGGGCUCCAAGAUGUCCGCAUCCAUUGACUCUUCCGCCAUCUUCAUGAAGGACACACCCAACCAGAUCAAGAACAAGAUCAACAAGUACGCCUUCAGCGGCGGCAGGGAGACGCUAGAGGAGCACCGAGAGAAGGGCGGUCAGCCCGAGCUUGAUGUCAGCUACCAGUAUCUGAAGUACUUCAUGGAGGACGACGAGGAGCUGAAGAAGGUCCACGACUCGUACAAGAAGGGCGAGAUGCUGACGGGCGAGCUCAAGGCGCUGUGCAUCAAGUACCUGCAAGAUUACGUAAAGGAGUUCCAGGAAAACCGGGCCAAGGUGACGGACGAGGUUCGCGAUCACUUCAUGGCCAUCCGGCCACUCGAGUGCAAGGGCAACCCCAAGGCACAAAUUGAGCUGCCCAUCCGUGCAAAGGCAGCGGCUGGUGGGGAAGGGGCCGGCGAGGAGGGUGCCGGAGACGGAAAGCUGACCAAGAACCAGUUGAAGAAGCUCGAGAAGCAGAAGCAGAUAGAGGCCAAGAAGUUGGCCAAGGCGCAGGAGAAGGAGGCCAGCACAAAAGAGUAA